AUGCGCACAUCUGCUUUGUUGUUUGUGUGUCUUAGCUUACUGCUCAGCCCUUCUAUGAGCUGUUUUCAGUGCUUUAUUGAUGUAGCAGACACUGGUCGUCUGUGUUGGGGUCACAUUUUGUCGCAAUAUAGUGUUAGAAAUGUUGACGCCUGCUUCAGGAAGCUGGACCGCAUCUUCAACAACAACGAGAGGGUGAUCAAGGCUGGAAGAGUCGGUGAAGGCUAUGAGAAACAGCUAAAAGAAAUUCUGGAUUCAGAGAUCCUCCCCAUAAUGAAGGAGUUUGACAAAAAGGAGAAUAAAGACACACUGUAUGAGGAAAGGCUGCAGACAGCAGCAGACAAUUUCAUCGCCGCUGCCUCUAAACUGCCCAGAGGUGAGACAUGUGUCUGGAUGUUUCCCUCCAUGUGUUUGACAUUUAACCAUGUUUCAGGUUUCCAGAGAGCGGGUGCCGUAUACAACUGUGUAACCUGCAAGUACGACUCCUGUGAAUUCCCCUUGGACUGUCCAGUUCAAGAUAUUACAGUGAUGGAGAACAGCAGGAGCCAGGUGCGAUGUGAUGUGCCAUUUAGCUUACCAAACGAUAUUGAGGUGAUCUGGAGGUUUGCAGAGGAGGUGAAAACUCAGCAGGUUGAUCAGUUUAAAGAGGUGACUGUGGGAGUGGACAGACUGUACUCCAUCCCCUCAACCAGUCUGCACCAUCAGGGCACCUACCAGUGUGAGAUCUACUCAGGACAACGCUCUGUUGUCAGGCUUUACUACUAUCUAACAGUGACCCCCCAGGUUGUGGUCGGCCAGACAGAGCUGCAGGAGAUAUUCGACCUGUCCCUGCUCCCAGGAGGACGCUUACUCCCUGUGCCCGGUGGUCCUCCCAGCUCCUCCCUCCACCUCCCAUCACCACUGCUCCUCACAGCCUGUUUAGCUUCUGUUUUUCUGCUGCUCAUCCUCUCACUGGGGGCUCUUUAUUUGUCAUCAACACCAGAGGAAUGUGGUCCUGCUGAACAAGAAGAUGAAGAGGGGAAUACGGGAUCUUUUUGCUGA